CACGAAGGAGAAACAGCACACAGGCCUAUAGGCCCGCAAGUGAUUAGUUCUUGGUGGUCAAGCAUUGACAAAAGCCGGGAGGGGAGAAGCCUGCAUGAGUGCCCGGAGAGGAAGCACGGGCACUGCGCAGGGCCGAGCCGGGGCGGACGCUCUCUCCGACCCUCUCUCAUUCUUCGUCUCCUCGCCCCUGGAAAAGGAAGCGACACGGAGGACACGGAGGGGGAGAACACUUCCUCCCUACUCGCGCGGUGUGCAUCGGAACAAGAAGACGACCACCACCGCCACACGAAAGUGAUGUUGUUGUUGUUGUUGUUGUUACUGAGUUGAUUUCGCCGCGGGACGAAAUGCUGCCGCCGCUGGGAGGAUCGGAGCCGGAGAGGAGGCGAUGAGCUGCGCCCUCAGCCUCGGCGGACGGAGGGACGGAGGACGACGACGACUGCUCCCUAUGUUCCAUUCCACCCAGCCAGGGGAACCGCGUGGAUGAUCGCCCCGAGGUAAGCCCCACGCCACGCGGGCUGGACGCUCAUUGGAACGAGGGAGUAACAGACGUGUCGGGUGUCGGUGGUGCUUUAAGAGGGCCGGUCGAGCGCCUCUCCAGGCAUGUGCUGCGGCCAGCUACAGAGGUCCUUCUGCAGCCAUUACUGUUGCUACAGAGACCGAGCGGGAGGGUUUUCCUCGGCUGAAAGACUGGUCUGACCGGACGGCGUGGGGCUGGUCGGGCGGAUCACCGACCGUCUCGGGGAGAAAGGGAGGACACGACGGACACAACACACAGAGGCGACGAGUGGAAGAGGAUCAGAGGAGUUGUGGAGGCUCGCAGAAGAAAAAGUUGCCACGCUGAGGACUGUUUCCAGGUCACAGUGGAGUGGGAGGAGCCUGAGCUGCCUCUUGUUUCCCCCCCCCCCUCAUCGACUUGUGCUCGUCGAGCGGAGGCCCCGCCCCCUCCUCGCUGCACGCGCUCAUUAACACAUGAGAGCGCCGCGAAUUCUCUCCAGGUGAAGACGACGACACACAAACACGCCUAGGACUUUUUUUUUUUUUUUUUGCAUGUUACCUUGUCAGCAAACAGGGAUCUCGGCCGCCUGUCCCGUUUCCCCCCGCGGUGGUUCGGUAACCAAGCGAUGGCCAUGGUGAGUGGGGGCUGGGGAGAUCCCAACGGGGGCACGAACGGCCUGGGGGAAAAGGGCUACCUGCGGGGGGGCGAGGAGGAGGACGGCUCCCCGCAGGCGGGCGGCAGCGACAUGGAGGCCGGGGACGACGACAAGGCGUGCGUGGUGGACUGCGUGGUGUGCGGGGACAAGUCGAGCGGGAAGCACUACGGCGUGUUCACCUGCGAGGGCUGCAAGAGCUUCUUCAAGAGGAGCGUGCGGCGCAACCUCAGCUACACCUGCAGGUCAAACAGGGAGUGUCAGAUCGACCAGCACCACAGGAACCAGUGCCAGUACUGUCGCCUGAAGAAGUGUUUCCGCGUUGGCAUGCGCAAAGAAGCAGUUCAACGCGGUCGCAUCCCACCUCAGGCGAGCCUCAGCCCCUCCAUCACGCCCAUAGGUGGCGCCAGUGGUCUCGGAGGCGGUGAGUUUUAUAAUAACAAUGGAGGAAGUGGCGGAGGUCAGCCAGUGUCAGAGCUAAUUUCUCAGCUGCUUCGAGCCGAGCCUUAUCCCAGCAGUCGCUAUGGGCACCAGUACAACCAACAGGCCGGACCGGAUAACGCCAUGGGCAUUGAUAAUAUCUGUGAACUGGCUGCCAGGCUACUCUUCAGCACCGUGGAGUGGGCCAGAACCAUCCCCUAUUUCCCUGAGCUGCCUGUUUCAGACCAGGUGGCCCUGCUGAGGCUGAGCUGGAGCGAGCUGUUCAUCCUCAACGCGGCCCAGUCGGCCCUGCCGCUCCACAUGGCUCCCCUUUUGGCCGCGGCCGGCUUCCACUCCUCGCCCAUGUCUGCCGAGCGCGUGGUGUCCUUCAUGGACCAGGUGAGGGUGUUCCAGGACCAGGUGGACAAGCUCAGCCGGCUGCAGGUGGACUCCGCUGAGUACAGCUGUCUCAAGGCCAUCGCACUGUUCUCACCGGAUGCCUGCGGUCUAACGGACCCAGUCCACGUGGAGUCUCUGCAGGAGAAGGCUCAGGUGGCUCUGACGGAGUACGAGAGGAUGCAGUAUCCCAGUCAGCCUCAGCGCUUCGGUCGCCUGCUGCUGCGCCUCCCCGCCCUGCGCGCCGUUCCCGCAAGCCUCAUCUCCCAGCUCUUUUUCAUGCGCCUGGUAGGAAAGACACCCAUUGAGACGCUGAUCCGCGACAUGCAGCUCUCCGGAAGCUCGAUCAGCUGGCCGUAUGUCCCAGGACAGUAGCCCCCCCCCUCCCCCCCUCAAUGGACAAGGUCUCCGCCUGGGAUAAAUGACGACAAGGACCCACAGGAAACCUCCUGACUCAUCGUCAUCCAUCUGUGUAGUUAUCAAACUCGAGUGCCAGCUGGCCGUCAUACAUACUGUACUGUAACCCCCCCCUCUCCCAAAUAAAACAAGCCCUCUGUCUCCACACGGGCCUCCACAGAAGAGACAGGAGCCAGUGCCAGUGUGGAUAUGUCUUGUUGCGAGCCAGGUUGCUCUGGUGCCAGGUCUCAGGCGAGAGAGCAGCUCUUCACGCUGGGCUCCGAUAUGGCCGCCACAGCCAGUCAUGCGACCACCUACAUGCCAUAGUGACUAAAGACGCUGCAGCUUCAUGUAGAGGGCGGCAGCACCCUGCUACAAAUCCAUCCAGAGAACAAAACUGCCCCGCCACUGAACGUCAGCGGAGUCAUUUUUUUCCCACACUGAGCUCAUCUCCCACGACUCAUCAUUUGUGAUACAGUGAUGUUUUUAUCACAAAAUGAUUAUGGUGACUCUAAUUGAACGGUCUGAAGUAUCAGAAAGCUGUGGUUGUGCUAUGAACUGACUAUAAGACACAGUGAAGGGACUUGUUGUCGAACAGAGAAUUCUCAAUUCACCGCUCUCUCUUACCUUAACACUGGAGGAGGAAGCCAACGAACUGCUCAAAAGAAAUGGAAAUGAAAUAAAAAACCAAGGAAAACUCACCAAAGUCUAUCACAUUGUCCUCAGAUGAUUUUUACAUGAGAAUAAUAAUUACUAUUAUUAAUAAUUAGUACACAGAGUCGAGAUAAGGAGACGAACGGACUCUUGUGACUGCCUGACCAUCCAGUGAACAAUGCAUUUAUAAAUCCAUUCACAGGGCUCACUGUUGCUGUAGUUUGAGAAGAUUAAAAAGAGAACGGACUAAUACCUCACUAGACAUCAGAAUGCUUUCGUCCAAUAUUUCCUAAACACAAACCUCUGUAAAUGUUGUUCACCGGAAACCGCCUUCUUUUUUGACAACUGCCUUGUUAUUCAGUAUGAAUUUGGGAUACCCGUGACAUGAGUGUUACAUACCUCUUGUACCUUUAAAAAAACAAAGCCCCAACAUUGUUUUUCAUUUGUGUUUCGAAUUUGAGUUUUACUGUCUGAAUAUAAUGAGUUCAGCCAUGAAAUAUCUUUUAUAGAGAAAACAUCUGGCUGGCACAUGAAUUUAACUUGGGUUCCAGGACAAUAAACAAUUCAAGAUAAUGAGUUCAACAAAUUCAGUUGGUGAUUAGUUUACAACCAACUCUAAUAUCUUCUGGAGGCAUUGAUACCUUGAAAAAUGUAUUGAAAUGUGUAUAUAUAUUACAGCCAACUUUGUCCUUUUGCAUGUUCAAAUGUUGUUUUGGAUCUCUGCUAAGUUGAGAAUUUCCCUCUUUUUAAAUAUAUGUAAUUCAAGGUUCCUUUGAAGUGUUGCUUUCCCUGUUGGUUCAUUUAAACGACUAAACAUUUUUUCUUAUAUGUAUUUACAUGAAAAAUACCUCUGUCAUCUGUUCAGAUGUCAAAACAGACGCUUACCUUCAUGCCAUAGAGCGGCUAUGACGUGGAGAUGCUCUCCUCUCUUAAGCAUCCGAGUGAAUCUUUACCGUAGCGAGUGAUGUGAGACGAUGUUGUGAUGAAUGAGGAUGCACUUGGAGGAUACUCGAUGCCAAAAUAUCACACUGUCUGUGGCGAGUUAAAAGAAGACGGGGGCCACAUUUGACAGGUCCACAAGGAUUUACCUCACAGUGGUGUUUCAAGUGGCGAGUUUACAAAGUCACAACUGUAAAAUAGUUGAUUUUCAUAGCAUAGAAUCAACUCUUAAUAGAACGUGUUUCAUCAAUUACAAGAAAGGAAGAAAAAAAUUAUCAAACUCUGCUUCUUGAUCUGCCACCAGUCCUUCUCAACGUUAUUUGGAUAUUCUUCUUUUAGGCACAACUCACACAAACAUGUCACAGAAAAGAGAGAAAAAAAAGAUAAAUAUACUAUUAAUGUUUUCUUAUGUUUGUGUUACUGAGUUUUUAAGUUUAAAAAAAAAUUUCAUGUGUAUGGCAACGUUAUUAAAAAAAUCAAAAGAUGACAAUGCGUCUUUUGUUAUGUUUGUUUUUUCAAGCUGUGUUGUAAUUACAUCUGUAGAAUGCCAAAUAAACACUGCAACAUGUAC